CCCUCAAAUGCCACGCCAUAUCUCAAGUUUCUGAUUCAGUUCCUUCUCAGUUCUCAGAAAGAAUUCCACUGCCCACUUCCAUUUUUUAGAGGUAGAGGAGGGUUUGCAAGUGCUAUUCCAACGUAGAAAGCAGGGAGUUGAGAAUACAAAAGAACCCUAUUUUAGGCCCACUCACUCCCUCUGUUUCUUUAAUACCCCCCUCUCUUCCUCUUCCUUUUUGGGUUUUAAGGAUGUGAAGUGGCUCUGCUUUUUUCUUUUCUUUUCUUGUGUUGGAAUUUUGGAAGGAAGGAACCAUCAAAGGCUUCGAAAUCCCCAGAACUGCAGAAAUCUUUAAGUUUUCUUGAAUGAAUGGUCAAUCAUUUUGGCCGCAGAUUUCUUGCAAAUCAUUUAAGCACUUUCCUUGUUAAGUGGAUUCCGCAUGAAAAUUGUCAGGUUUCCCUUCCAAAUUUUCUCACCAUUUCUUUCAUCCGGAUUCUGGGCACCACUCAUCAAGUUUCGAAAAAUCUUCUCCUCUUCGGUUGACAGCAUGAACAAACCAGGAAUUCUCCUGGAAGUUGUGCAAGUCCUAACCGAUCUUGACCUCAUUAUCACCAAAGCUUACAUCUCCUCGGAUGGUGGUUGGUUCAUGGAUGUAUUUCAUGUCACUGACCAACAAGGAAAGAAGAUUACAGAUAUUAAAACCAUUGACUACAUAGAGAAGGCUCUAGGACCUAAAAGCCAAGAAGAAGUAACUACUUGGGCAGACAAACGGGUUGGAGUGCACUCUGUUGGUGGGCACACUGCCAUUGAACUCAUUGGCAAGGAUCGCCCUGGUCUUUUAUCUGAAAUCUCAGCCGUCCUUGCCAACCUUCACUUCAAUGUGGUUGCUGCUGAAGUUUGGACCCAUAAUAGUCGGAUAGCAUGUGUUGUCUAUGUCAAUGAUGACACCACAUCUCGUGCUGUAGCUGACCCAACCAGAUUGUCUAUAAUGGAGGACCAGCUCAAGAACAUUCUACGUGGGUGUGAGAAUGAUGAGGCGGGUCGUACUAGUUUCUCCAUGGGGUUUACUCAUGUUGACCGUAGGCUGCACCAAAUGUUGUUUGCCGACAGGGAUUAUGAAGGUGGAAUAGUGGCUACUGAGGUUGAUUAUCCUCCCUCCAUCAAGCCAAAGAUCACAGUUGAGCGUUGUGAGGAUAAAGGAUACUCUGUGGUCACUGUUAGAUGCAAAGACCGUGCGAAGUUAAUGUUUGACAUAGUGUGCACUCUCACAGAUAUGCAAUAUGUUGUUUUUCAUGCUACAAUCUCGUCUGAUGGGCCCCAUGCAUCACAGGAGUACUAUAUUCGUCACAUGGAUGGUUGCGUGCUUGAUACCGAAGGAGAGAAGGAAAGAGUUAUCAAAUGCCUUGAAGCUGCAAUUAGAAGAAGAGUGAGCGAGGGUCUGAGCCUUGAGCUCUGUGCAAAGGAUAGAGUAGGCUUACUAUCUGAAGUUACAAGGAUUCUGCGAGAGAAUGGAUUAGCCGUAUCAAGAGCAGGUGUCAUGACAAUAGGAGAGCAAGCAACGAAUGUUUUCUAUGUAAGAGAUGCUUCUGGGAAUCCGGUGGAUACGAAGAUUAUCGAAGCACUUCGUAAAGAAAUCGGGCACACCAUGAUGCUUAAUGUGAAGAAAACACCUGCUAGUUCCAGAGAACCUGAAGCUAGAGGAUGGGCCAAAACAAGUUUCUUUUUCGGGAACUUGCUGGAAAGGUUCUUGGCAUGAGAACAUUUCUGUAUUGCUGUCACAGAAAUAAUGAACUGUACAGGACAAUAAACCUCUUCAUUACCAAAGCAUGAACUAUGGACAGGGCUUGCACUAGACUUUGUUCAAUAUUCAAAGAAUAAAUAUUGCAAGCUAAUGAAGUUCGAACCUUCGGUUGGAAAAGGACAGAAA